AUGACAUGCAGAGCCAUUCAUGCGAGUAUAGGCUCCAUCUAUUUUUCUUUCCAGUCUCGAGGGAAGGGUCCAUUCGGAGAAAUCAUACGACAGAACAGAGGUAGCGAUUGCUUAAAAGAAGACUCCUUUUCAUGUUGUCUGGAAUAUAAUAUCUAUCUCUCUCUCUCUCUCUCUCUCUCUCUCUCUCUCUCUAUCUAUCUAUCUAUCUAUCUAUAUAUAUAUUUUCUUUUCUCCAUAUCUUCUUCUUAUCUUUCUUUCUGUCUUUCUUUUUUUCUUUCUUUCUUUGUUUCUUUCUUUCUUUCGUUCGUUCUUUCUUUCUUUCUUUCUGUAUUUGGCCAGUUUCAUUUGAUCACAUUCAAUUUUUCAUUCUUUUUUUCUGGUCUGCUUUUUUCUGUCUUUCUUUUUCAUUUAUUUUUCGUGACCGCUUCUCAUGCUCGCUUUCAUUCAUCCAUUAAUUCAUUCAUUUGUUCUUUUUCUUUCAUUCUUUCUUCUUUCCUUCCUUCUUUUUUUCUUUCUUUCUUUCAUUCAUUCUUUCUUUCUUUUCUUUCUUUCUUUCUUUCUUUCUUUCUAUUCCUGGCCGGUUUCAUUUGA